AUGCCCUCUGCGUCUCCCGUGGGCUCCUGGGCCCCAGCGGCCCCCAACGCCACAGUGGCCGAGGCCAACGGCAGCCUGCCGGAGAAGCCCCUGUUCCACGUGUUCGCCCGGCUGGACGAGGAGCUGCACGCCGCCUUCCCGGGCCUGUGGCUGGCGCUGAUGGCAGUGCACGGCCUCAUCUUCCUGGCGGGGCUGGUGCUUAACGGGCUGGCGCUGUACGUCUUCUGCUGCCGCACCCAGGCCAAGACGCCGUCAGUCAUCUACACCCUCAACCUGGUGGUGACCGACCUGCUGGUGGGCCUGUCCCUGCCCACGCGCUUCGCUGUCUUCUACGGCACGCGCGGCUGCCUGCGAUGCGCCUUCCCGCACGUCUUCGGCUACUUCCUCAACAUGCACUGCUCCAUCCUCUUCCUCACCUGCAUCUGCGUGGACCGCUACCUGGCCAUCGUGCAGCCCGACGGCUCCCGCCGCUGCCGCCAGCCGGCCUGCGCCAGGGCCGUGUGCGCCUGCGUGUGGCUGGCCGCCGGCGCCGUGACCUUGCCGGUACUGGGCGUGACGGCCGGUGGGCGGCCCUGCUGCCGCGUGCUGGCGCUGACCGUGCUGGAGUUCCUGCUCCCGCUGCUGGUCAUCAGCCUGUUCACGGGCCGCGUCGUGUGCGCCCUGUCGCGGCCGGGCCUCCUGCGCCAGGGCCGCCGGCGCCGCGUGCGGGCCAUGCAGCUCCUGCUCACGGUGCUCGUCAUCUUCCUCGUCUGCUUCACGCCCUUCCACGCCCGCCAGGUGGCCGUGGCGCUAUGGCCGGACGGGCCGCCCCGCGCCCGCCUCGUGGCCUACCACGUGGCUGUGACCGUCAGCAGCCUCAACAGCUGUCUGGACCCCAUCGUCUACUGCUUCGUCACCAGCGGCUUCCAGGCCGCCGUCCGAGGCCUCUGCCGCCGCCACGGAGCCAGGUGCGAGCCCAGCAGCGGCACCAUGGUCAGCGCGCGCAAGAGCUCCCGAGGCUCGGGCCACCAUCACAUCCUCAGGGCCGGCCCCAGCGUCUUCGCCCAGGACCUGGCCAACGGGCCUGACGCUUAG